CCCAAAUAUAGCACCACCUCUGAGAUUGGGAUUGUAUAGAACAGCAACACUAUUCCUUAAAACAUUUUUGUCUUGGCAAGAAAUCCUGGGCUGGAAGGACUGGUUCUCAUUAAAAAUAGUGUUCCACAUAUUAUUUUGUCUUUUUUUUAAAGUGAUGCUGAACCAAACUUCAAUCACUGAAUUUCUUCUCCUGGGAAUGAUAGACAUCCAGGAACUGCAGGCUUUUCUCUUUGUUGUUUUUCUUACAAUUUACUUUGUCAGUGUGGUUGGGAAUGGAGCCAUCCUGAGGAUUGUCAUCUCUGAUCCAAGACUCCAUUCUCCUAUGUAUUUCUUUCUGGGAAACCUGUCAUGUCUAGAUAUCUGCUACUCCACGGUGACACUGCCAAAGAAGCUGGAGAACUUCCUCUCUACACACAAAGCAAUUUCUUUCUUGGGACGCGUAAGCCAGCUUCAUUUCUUCCACUUUCUGGGCAGCACAGAGGCCAUGUUGUUGCCCGUGAUGGCCUUUGACCGCUUUGUGGCUAUCUGCAAACCACUUCGUUACACUCUUAUCAUGAAUCAUCAGGUCUGUACCCAGAUGGCUAUCCAUGCCCUGCUGCACUCAAUGAUGACCUCUUGCUUAAACUUCUAUGGAUCCAAUCAUAUCCAUCAUUUCUUCUGUGAUGUUAAGCCAUUGCUUAACAUUGCUUAACAUUGGCAGUUGGCCUCCUUAACGCAGGAGUUGGCCUGUGGGAACAUUGAGCUCAACCAGUGGCUGCUCAAUACUGUGAGGGGGACCAUUGCCAUGGGCCCAUUCUUUCUAACACUUGUCUCCUAUUUCUACAUUAUUAUCUAUCUUUUCUUCAAGACGCAUUCUUGCAGCAUGUUUCGUAAAGCACUGUCCACUUGUGCCUCCCACUUCAUGGUAGUUGUUCUUUUCUAUGCUCCUGUUAUUUUCACUUAUAUUCAUCCUGCCUCAGGUAGCUCCAUGGACCAGGACUGGAUCAUUGCCAUUAUGUACAGUGUGGUCACUCCCGUACUAAAUCCACUGAUCUAUACUUUGAGGAACAAGGCAGUAAAGGGGGCCUUGAGGAGGGCGAUCAGAAGGAGGCUCUGA